GUUUAAGUAUGAAUGUCAAAGGCGCACAUUGUAUUCUAGCUCCAUUAGACAGUUAUUACAUGCGAUGACGGGUCACUUACGCUAACGGAAGUGUUAGACCUACUUAAGAUAUAAACUUCCAAACGAAAAGGUUAACCACAUAGCUGAACACUGCAAACGAAUAUUCUGGUAGCUGUGAGAACUAUAUAAAGCCAGCAAAAGUAAACAACCUCGCAUUCUGCAGUAAACAUUUAUUGGAUAGAGACGGAAUUACGUCUUUAAGAUGCUUCUGAAAGUUGGGACGUUAGCUGUGGUGUUGGCCAUCGUGGCAUUUGGUAAUGCCCAGCAAGGACCUCCUGGACCACCAGGGAUUGGCGACAAUUUCCCGAAGUUUCCAGGAGUUUCUGAAGUGGCUGCACCCGGUUACCAUGUACCAGAGGAACUUCUCAUCUUCCCCGAGGUUGAUUUGGAUGCAUAUGUCGCAGGAGAACCGGUGAAUCCAGAGGAUCCUCAGCCAAUGAUCGACCCCGGACCGGAGUUACAUACCUUCUCCGACCCAAGAGGUCCGACAGGCUAUAGAGUACCCUUUCGUCGCUUCUUCCCUGGUCGGAACGUUGAAAGUGAAUACCAGUAUCGAAACCGUCGAGUGGACAUCCAGAACGACAUGGAACCUUAAUGGAGCUAGAAGAAAAUGCCUACCAGAGUGGGAGCCGUCGAUAUAAAACAGACGAACAGAUUUCACAUCUUGUUACAAUAUCAAUAUAUAUAUUUUCUUCAUUCCAUUCCUGUGUAUAUUAACCCCUUAUCCUGCCGUUUUAUAAUUUACUUACAUUACUUUUCAACGACAAACUAGUAUUACAAAACGGAUUUGAUUUGAGUGUUUUUAUUACUGAAACUGUCCUUCAAUUGACACAAAGACUCAAAGUGUGUACCAAACGUUAACUUUGAUAAUAAAAUUGGUGUCUCAAUA